UCAAGGUGAAGAUGCUGCUGCUUUGGGCUCUGAUAUGUCUUUUUACCUUUGCCUCUGCCUCUGAAGUUUUGCAGCUUACACCUGGAGAAAUCCUUAUCAUGAAUUGCAGUAAAUGUGUUGAAGGACAGAGAACAGGAAUGUAUCUCUACCAGUACGACGAGAAGGUGGCUUACUACCACUAUGAAGACAACUUUGUUGUUUACAAUUUAAAAGAUAAGCAUAGGAUUAAACAGGAUGGAUCAUUUGAGAAGCACACCAUUACAAUCUUCAAUGUGACUGUUGGUGAUUCUGGAUUUUACCGCUGCAUUUACGUCAAGUUCAAAGAAAGAGACGAUACAUGUGAUACAUACAGAGUGGUCAUAAAAGAAAAUUCAACCCAGAAACCAGUAGUUACUCCAACAGCUACAACUAGGAAUACAACUACAUAUGCUCCAAUCCUCAUCAUUGUCAUUACUGCAGUCGUCAGCAUCAUCAUCACCAUGAUCUUCACCCUCUGUGUCAUUCCCAAGGUACAAAAAUGGAUGUGCAGUGAAGAAUCAGGAGAUUCCCACGCAAAUGUUUAUGAAGUUAUGACAAGAAAUGGCUUCAGGAUCAACUGAACAAUGGCAGGAUCUUCUAUGGACAACUAUAGACUAUAGAAUGUACUGACAUAUGGUUACAUAUGAUUUUUUAAAUCGCUUUGGCACAUUUUCUGAAACUUUUCAUAAAUCUAUAAAAAGUAUAAAUCUUUUGUGUACAUUGCAAAACUAUUCACACCAGACACAAAACAAUUCAGAAUGUUUGAAACUUGUAACUUGUAAAAAGGACACUGUUUGUGGUUCAAAUAUAAUUUAGAGAACAAAAAAAGCAAAUAUUUAAAAUCUGUGCUUUUCAACAGCUGGUAUCUGAACUGUCUUGGACUUGGAUCUUUGCAAAAAAGUGUUUUGUAGUUUUGAUCUGAGAGUUAAUGUUUGAAAAUGAAGAUCAGGUUUUGCCAACAUGAAUAUAGACUUCAAAAGCGACUGGAAAAAAAAAAAAAAAAGUAAACGUGUUA